UAAAGAAUAUAUAUUUAUUUAAAAUAUAAAUACAAAUCCUAGUAUCCAAUUAAUAUUUAUGUUUUAAUAAAUCUAAAAAUGGAUAUACCGAUUUCCUAUCCGCAUAUAUCCGCUUCAGCAUGCUGGCAAUGUGCGCCACUUGGCGUUCUCAUCCCUGUGGAGAAAGGAAGAAGGAAGAGGACCCUAUCCUCUUCUAGGUUUCCUCCUUCCUCCUCUUUCUCUGGAGUCGCUUGAGAUUUACCUCUCUAGGGUUUCUGGGAAUCGGCGGAGCUCACCUGGAAUCAUCUAGGGUUUUGGUCGCCCAUGGACUGCUGCACUCGUUUCAGGGGGGCCGCCCUCAUUGAUGCUUCGGCGUUGGUGGUGAGGGCGGCAGGUCGUCGUCACCAUCGUCUUGAGAGGGCUUAUGGAAACGUCGGAUCUUGUGCCACUCUUCGCCUUACCUUGGAUUCCCAGGGAUUAACCAAAUUCCAUCAGAGCUGUAGUUUUGCUAGCCAAAGAACACCAACAAGCAUUACACUUGCCAGUGCAGAGUCCGGUGAAUGUGAGUCGGGAAGUGUCAGUAUGCCACUUGAGCCAGUUUCACCAGAAGGAAGGUUCUUGUGUGGCAUUUUAAAGAAUCAACCUCAUAUAUUUCCAGCUGCUGCAGAAAGACAGCUGGAAGAAUUGGCUAAUGAUAGGAAUGGUGCCUUCAUUCGCUGGGCACACAGCAUGGGUUCUGAGGAAUCAUAUCUUCACAGGAAAAUAGCGGAAAUGAAAGAUUGCGAGUGUCGAAUUGCUGUUGAGGAGGUCAUGUACAUGUUAAUUGUUGCCAAAUUUUAUGAGAUCAAAGUCCCUAUGGUUCCCAACUUAUCCAAAUGCAUCAAAUAUGCAAGACUAGACAUGUCAUCAUCACAGGAUGCAGAGCUAGAGUCCAUCCACGACCCAGAGAUCUUAGAGAUGGUAAGAGAGCAUCUGUCCAACAUUCUUAAAUGGAGAGGGAAAGUUAAUCUCAUUGAAAACUCGUCAAUGAUACAUAUCAAGAGGGUACAGCUUGGCCGGAUCUAUGCAGCUUCCAUUAUGUAUGGAUACUUCAUAAAAUCUGUUAGUCUGAGGCAUCAAUUGGAGCUUAGCCUUGCUCGGACUGAUGAAGAUCUCCCUCUGGGCCAAUUGAUGAAUUCUGAACUUUUCAAAAAGGAGCAAGAGGAGAAUUUGGUCGCUCUUGGCUGUUCUUUUGAUAUGGCAUCUUCUUUGCAUCCCAGUUAUGAUAGGAGAAGAAGAGUUGAGAAACUGAGAAGUUACAUGAUGGGGUUUGAUUCAGAGACCUUGCAAAUAUGUGCAAAACUGCGGUCCCAAGAAGCUGUUAAUCUAAUCGAAAAGCACAGUUAUGCUUUGUUUGAAGACCGUGAGAAGAGCACACAAACGAAUGAUGGAAACAUUAUUGUCACAUAUUCUGCAUUUAAGAGGUUGGUGCUGGAAGCUGUUGCAUUUGGUUCUUUCCUUUGGGAUGUAGAAAGGUUCCUUCGAACUCACCACCUCGGCGAUCACGGAGCUCAUGGAGAAGAUGAAGACCGCUCUUGAUGAAUUGGCUGAGAUUUUGCCAGAGGUGUUCGAGGGUGUGUCGGAGAUGAUAGGAAGUAUUGUUCUUAAUUUGUGGAACAGCUACAAAGAUGCUUUGGAAUAUAUCACGAAUAAUGCCUGAUUUUUCUUGAAGGAAGAGUUGCACAGAUGCUUAGCUUUAGGAAAUCAUUUGAUUCAUAAGUUUAGUGUUGUAGAUGUGUGAGGAACUCUGUAAACUGAUGUACUUAUUAUUACCAUUAAUGGGAACAUAAGACCAUAGAA